GGGCCGGGCGGAGCGGAGGCUCCGGCCCCUCCGGCGGGGCGGCCUACCUGGGCCGCUCCCGCCUGCUGCCCCGGCGCCGGCCGGGAGGCGGGGAGGGGCCGGCCCGCGGAGCCGCUAUAAAGGCGGCGCGGAGGUGCCGGGGCUCCAAGCCGCUGUAAGGGCGGCGCGGCGGGCGGGCGGGCCGGGCGCGCCAUGGCCAACCCGUCGCAGUGCCUGGAGGAGGGCGCCGGGCGCUGGCCGCCGCGGCCGCCCGGGCCGUACAGCGAGGCGCAGCGGCUGGCGCUGGAGGAGCUGGUGGCGGGCGGCCCCGAGGCGCUGCGGGCCUUCCUGCGGCGGGAGCAGCUGCCGCCGUUCCUCUCGGAGCCCGAGGUGCAGGCCAUCGCGCGGGGCGCCCUGCCGCCCGCCGCCGCCCCGGAGCCGCCGGCCGAGGCCUCGCUCGGCGCCUCCCUCGACGCCUCCUCGCUCACCUACUUCCCCGAGCGCUCGGACCUGGAGCCGCCGGCGCUGGAGCUGGGCUGGCCGGGCUUCGCCAGCGGCGCCUUCCGCGGGCUGACGCGGGUGGAGGCGCAUUUCCAGCCCGGCUGCGGGGAGAGCAUCUACGGCUGCAAGGAGGCGGUGCGGCGGCAGAUCCGCUCCGCCCGGCAGAUGAUUGCCCUGGUUAUGGAUUCCUUCACAGAUACCGAUAUCUUCAAAGACCUCUUGGAAGCUUGUAGCCAGCGGCAAGUUAAAGCAUAUAUCCUUCUAGAUCAGUCUUCAUUUUCCCACUUUCUGAAAAUGUGCAAGGAUCUGGGAGUUGACCUUGAACAGGAAAAGUUGAUAAGAAUUCGAAAUAUUACUGGGAAAACAUACUACACAAGGUCUGGUGCCAAAAUUGUUGGAAAAGUCCGUGAAAAAUUCAUGUUGAUUGAUGGCAUUAGAGUGACAACAGGAUCCUACAGUUUUACAUGGACAGAUGGGAAGCUGAACAGCAGUAACAUUUUGAUCCUGUCAGGCCCUGCAGUUGCACACUUUGACCUGGAAUUUCGGAUUCUUUAUGCACGGUCAAAGCCUAUCAACCUCAAAGAGUUAUCCAGCUGCAAGAAGAAUAAGGUGUUGGACCAGCUGGUCCAGAUAACAGUGGCUUCGAGAGACUUGACCAGGGAAAACUUCCUGAGAAUGGAGUUUUUGUAUCUUAGAGCAUUUGUAGGAAAUCUAAAAAGGAAGCGAAGCUGGCUGCAUGCCUCAAGGGAGGCAGUCUACGUGUCAAAUAAUACAAUGCAUGCCUCUCCGCCACUGACUAAGAGGAAUGGCUCUCUAGUUAUGAGGCCACACUGGGUCGUAGAGAGAUGAAUUGCACGUUCACUCGGCGUGAGAAGCAGAACCUCAGGAACCACGUCCAGCCGUCCACGUCCAGUACUGUCUUACAGUGUGUUUGUGAGAGCAGCUGGCAAACCAACCUCGAACUGAGAGAAAGUGAUUCUGGAAUGGUGGUUUUGUUUGAAAACCACUAUAAUGCAGAUCAACAGAUACAAUCAUGGUAUUGUCUUAGGCUUGGAUGUGGUUUUUUUUUUUUAUGUAAAAAUACUCUAACAGCUAGAAAGCCAUUAUUGACUUCUAGUAUUCUGUCAGAUUUUAAUUUUUCAACCUAUUGUUACAUGUUUUAAGCUGAUGGGUUUGCAGUGCCUUAGCUCAGUAGCUCAAACCUUUUUUUUUAAGGAAUCUAGGUAUAGAAAAUAAUAUUGCUUAGAAGUCUGCCAAAAAUGAAUAGCAGGACUGCUGUACGACUCUGAAAUCAGUCUAGGUUUAGUUUUGUGUUGCACGAACUCUCCACGAACUGUUUUGUGACACAGAACUGAAGUAACCAUAAUCUAGAAACUAGUACCAUGCUACUAGUCCUCAGUUGUCACAUUUUCUUUGGGCAAAGCUGUGCUGCUAGGCAGAACAAGCUAACGUCAGGCGAACCAGGCUUUUGCAAUGAUUGAAUUUCAAAUUACCUUUUCUUUAUAAUACUUGGAUUGUUGGACAUCAUGCAAUAAAUGCAUGCAAGGGAUAGUAUUCCUAAGAACCUACUAUGCUUGUAGUAGAGCCACAUGAGACCCUUUUCUUGGCAUUACUAUGUAUACUUUUUGGUUUCUUUAUGGUUGCUACUGCUGUCUGAUCUUAUGGGAAAAGUGGAGCCUAUCUGAAAUCUGUGAAGCUGCUGCUACUUCCCAAAAGCCUUACUUUCACCAGAUGUACAAUAACAUGGAAGUCAUAAAUAGAAGUAUUUAUUUUUAAGGUUUCAUGCAAGCUAGACUUUUUUAAAAAAUACAGCCAUUUCUGGAGAAAAAAAUCUGCAAAUUAAUAAACUGUCCUCCCAAAUAGUUGUAUAUUGAGGCACUGAAGUUCCAGCAGCCUGCCAGUGUGGAAACUCUUGUUAGUCCAACUGUGGUAGCUGUGGCAAAAGCCAAGGUACACCUUUUUUCAAGUUGUUCUUGAGGCUCUUGCUACUGCAAAAACCUUGGGUACAUGCUUGUGUGUUUUGUGGGUUUUGGGCUUCAAAGGGAAAGGUUAAAACUUAGCUGGGUCUAUGGGUCUGUGCUAAACAUCAGCAGGGCAACAUUAAGUUGGACAUGUGGAGCUUGCAAAAAUGGUCUUUACAGACAACACAAUAAUGUACUGAUGAGGAUACAAAUAAUCUGCGCCCUUUUUCUUCUGCACUUACAAUCAUGGAAAUGUAAUAGCUUUGACUUUCCUAAUCUGUAAAAGUUCAGUAGUUUAUAGUUUAAUGGUUUUAACUUUUAUCCAGAUGUAAAGAAGUUUGAAAUAUGAAUUUUUAUUCUUAACUAUAUUUUUCCAUAAACACAAACCCCAUGUUUUAGUCUCUUCAAAAUAUUGUUUAUGCAAUCUUAUUUUCACAAUAAUAUCUGUAUAUGUUUUCUCAAAUAUAAGUUUUUAACUUUGUUCUUCAUCUCAAUACUUUAAUAGGCAACUCUUUCCAUGUGUUGUUGUUAGUAGGCUUUUUCUGAAUAGUUGCUAAUAUAAUGAUACAAAAUACUGUGGUAAGAGUACUGUGUUUAUCUGUGGUAGAGUGGACUUAAAGUGAAAAGUAAAUUUAAGUAAAGGGCUAGAAUUUUAAAAUGUCUUUAA